AUGUCGGAAAAAGUAGAUAAGGUAAAGAAGCGGAAAAGAAACACAGAUGGCUCUUCGAAGCCCAGCAAAAGAGUCGCAAUUGAAGGGGAUAAAGAGAUCCGAAUCUCGCUCCCAGAAGCAGAUCAAUGGGCUCCUGUCAUAGCUUCAACUCCUGGGCUUGCUAUGCCUACCUCUAUUCCUCUCCAACCCUAUACCAAGCCCCGCAAAAACCCCCCAACAGGCCCAGGCCGUACAGCGAUAUCCAAGAGCGAACUUCUACUACACUCCUCCGCACACCAAAAGCUCGACUACACAGCGCGAGAAGAAGAGGCAGGAGGUGCGGAUACGCUUCUGAAGCACUAUGUGGGAGUCUACGAUCCUGAGACAGGCAAGAUGGAGGUUAUGGAGGCGCGAAGAAUGGUUGUACGAGGGGUGGUGAGGGCACACAAAGCUACAGCCGACGAUGAACAUUCUACAGAUAUGAGAGAGCUCCGAAACACCCUUGGCCAAACAUUCGGUACCAAGAAGGCCAGGAAAGCAAUUGCCUCCUUCACCGAAAACGCCAUCUCCCCCGAAAAAUCGGCAAGAGAAGCCAAUGGCAAACCCCGUAAACUCGACUCAGCAGCCCAAGCCAUGAUCUCGAACAUCGCCGACGCUACAUCAGGCAUGGCAUCCCGAGACGAGCUUGCAGCCGCUGCAGAUGCAGCGAAACCGCGACCCAAGCCUAAUGUUUCAGCCGAGGAUAUUAAGGACGUCUAUACUACCGAUAGUCUCAUCGGAGAUAGCAUCAUGGCUCAUAUUCCUGUUCGCGAAUGGGCUACUACGCUAAAGGCAAAGAAGGAGGUGGUCACGAAUUCCAGAUUUGUGUCGCAUCGCGUUGCAAAGGUUGCUACGAAUGUUGAGAAGCUAAAGAUUCUCCGAUACAUGCUCUUGGCCUUGGAAAUCCUUCGAGUCUCGAAACCAGGAAAGGGAAGGGACAAUAGAAGCUUCCUCCUUCCGCGUCGAGACGAACUGAAGACACUUAUCGGCGAUAUGCCCGAAGCAGUGCUUCAGAGCUUCACGCGGAAGUUCUCAGACUCAGGAGCCAUUGGCAAGUUCAAGUUCGAUCUGCUGGUUACCCAUUUGUGUGCCAUGGCAUGUUUGGUGGAUAACUACGAAGUCGAUGUCUGGGAUUUGAAGGAGGAUUUGAGGUUGGAGAUUAAGCCGAUGGCACAGUAUUUCAACGAGAUCGGUUGUAAGAUCGCAAAUUUCCCCGAGGCGGAGAGGAAAAAGUUGGGGAUGGACAAAGCGGCUGCUGCUCAGAGACGGAUUGCCAAGCUGAAGCUUCCUCUCAGUUUUCCCAAAGCGGCGUUUGCAAGAGCUAGGAAGUAG